GGAUUUACCACCGCCGCCAUCUUUGCCGCCUCUGCCGCCGCUGCCACCCUUGCCGCCUUUACCAAGCAUCGAGCGCGAGGUCGAACAACAGGAGCAGGAGUCCGCUUGGCCCCUGCCGCCUCCAGAAGAGCCGCCGAUGCCUCCGCCGAUUCCCGACCAGCGCUCGCAGACACGUUUUGUGCAGACCGGCAGUUUGCGAGCUGGGCCGAAGGAUGCUGGCAGAAGAGACAAACCGAAGGAGUUCUUCGCCCUCCCUGCAGAGGACAGGGAGGGAGAGCCGCGGCCACUGACAUGGGAAGAGGCACUCGUAGACUUCCUACCCAUCGGCGCAACCGUUCGCGGUGUCAUUCAGGAGCUCAGGCCCUACGGGAGCUUUAUCGGCUUGAUUGUCAAUGGCAUGGCCAUGGGCAAGUUUGGUGAGGACUCUCGGAUCCGUGGCUUCUGCGAGGACCUGCAGAGCUCGUCUGAUCCUGCACAGCUGCAGGUGGGAGAGCACGUGGCAGUGAAGAUUUUGGAUGUUGACAUGGUGACGAAGCGGGUCUUCGUCUCCACUCGUGAGGCAGAUCCUCCCUGGCCUCCACCACGAGAGCGUGUUCUUCACACGCCGGAAAAGUAUGAGGAUCCGUCCUUCUUCCCGCUGCCAUAG